AUGGGAGGAUUAACGAUGGUAGAUGCCGAGAAAGUUGAGGACUUGCUCGAGGCUGCUAGAUACGACGAUAUCGAUGAUCUCAGAAGCUUGUCUUCUAAUGGUGUCCCUCUCGACUCUCGCGAUUCACAAGGCCGAACAGCGCUUCAUAUGGCCGCGGCAAAUGGGCAUUUGGCUAUAGUGGAGUAUCUUCUCAGUCAAGGAGUGGAUAUCAACGCUCUUAACGAGGAGAACAAUGCGCCACUGCAUUGGGCAUGCUUGAAUGGCCAUAUCGAGGUGGUGAAGAGAUUGAUCUUGGCAGGAGCUAGUCUAAGUCUUUUGAAUAGGUAUGAGAGGACUCCGAUGGAUGAAGCUCUGAGUGGAGGGAAGAUGGAGAUUAGAGAUGCUAUCAACACAACUCUUGCGCAAAUGGAACUUGAAAAUGCCAAUGUGUCCUGA